AUGAGUAAAAUCCCUUAUGCAUCUGCAAUAGGGAGUCUCAUGUAUGCCAUGGUUUGUACAAGACCAGAUAUCAGUUAUGCUGUUAGUAUAAUGAGUAGAUAUCAAUCGAACCCCGGAUUAGAUAAUUGGGGAGUUGUUAAGUGUAUCCUUAAAUACUUACGAAGGACUAAGGACAUGUUCCUUUUUUAUAGAGGAGCAUCAGAGUUACAAGUGGAAGCGUUUACUGAUUCAGAUUUUGCAUCCGAUGUAGAUGAUCGUAAAUCCACAUCUGGAUACGUCUUCAUUUUGAAUGAAGGCGUUGUUAGCUGGAGAAGCUGUAAACAAAGUGUUACUCCACAACUGAAGCUGAGUAUGUUGCUGCCUCAGAAGUAG